AUGGCGGCAUCAAGACUCUUCACGCUCUCCUCGCUUGCCAUGCAGGCAAAGGCCGGGCGGUCACCCUCCCCUUCCAUGCAUGCCCAAGAGAAUCAGGCGAACAUUCAGCAGGAUGCUAGACCUCUGACCCAAGAGGACAUCAUCGCCCAGCUCAAGGCAGAGAAUUCGCGCCUGCGGCUUCGGAUCCGGAGCGCCGAGGACGACAAGAAGCGGAGCCUGGCGGAAGUUGAAGUGGAGCGAGAGAGACGAACGAGGCUGGAGGAGAAGAUGAGCGAGUAUGAGUCUCGUCUUGCUGAGAUGGAUCGUCUGGAGAGAGCGAUAGUGCACCUUCAGGCAGAGAAAGAGAAGCGACAGCACUUCACGGACCAGCAUGUCAAUGAGAUGGAUCAGGCCAAGGCGGAGCGACAGAAGCUGGAGGACGAUGUGAAGAAGAUGAGGGAGGAGGAGAAACUCAUGAAGCUCAAACUCCAUCAGUCCCAUGACUCCCUGAAGAAUGCUGAGAGGGACCUGGAGGGGAUGAUCAGGCUGAUCAAGUUCCUCAUGACGGACCUCGACUCUUUUGCGCUAGACAUGCAGGAGGAGAGCAGAAGGAAGCAGGAAGCCGAGGAGGAUGGGAACGAGACGGAAGAAUUGAUUGAGGAGGAGGAGGCGUCGGACGUCAUGGGAGAGGAGGAGGAGGAGGACAAGAAGCUGGAGGACGAACAAAAGCAUGGAGGCGAGGACGAGGACGAGGACGAGGACGAGGACGAGGACGAGGACGAGGACAGUGACAGUGAGGAUGAAGAAUUUGUGGCUCUUAAGGAGAAGGCGGAAGGCUUGCAAGCACAGCUUGAGGACAGUCAGGGGAGGAUGGAAUCGCUGAAGCAGCUCAAGGAGGAACUGGAGGAGGAGAGGAAAACUUUGACUGAGCAGAUCUCCAAGCUCCAGUCACAGGUCAAGGAAGUCAACUUCCUCCGCGAGACCGAGCUGAAAUUCCUCCACAGCAUCCGAGUUGAGGUCGACAAACAGACACAAAGAGCUGAGGAAGCGGAGAGGCUGCUGGGGAUAGUAGAGAGGAAGUAUCAGAGGGCGACGGAGCUUCACAAGCAAGCAAACGACGACGACGACGACGACGAGGAUGACGGCAAGGAGGAGGAGGAGGAGGACGGCGAGGAGGAGGAGGAGGAAGAGAUGGAAGAGGAAAUAGGGGAGAUGGAAGAGGAGGAGAACGAGGAGGAGGAGGAAGAGGAGAACGAGGAGGAGGAGGAGGAAGCAAAGGAAGCAGCACAGAAGAUUGAGGACCAGAAGCUUGCUAUGAAACCGCUGGCCAAGUCGAGGAGCGAGAGGAGGAGCGCGUCUGCCGCGGGAGCUGCGAGCAACGAGAGGGGGAAGAAGGAGGAGGAGGAGUGUCAAGAAGUCACCAAGGAGGCGAGAGGGUUGCGGUCCUCAAGGCAACCUCCUGCUGUCUCCUCGAAGCCGCAGGAGCAGAGGAGGAGCGCGAGGAGUUCGGCAGCGCAGGAGAGCAAGGAGGAGAGCAAGGCGAGAGCAGCCGCGAAGAGCAGGUCGAAACCGUCGCAGCAGGAGGGCGAAAACUCGUCAGCUCACGUUCCCAGCCUGCGUAAGCCCAACGAGAGGAAGAGCAGCAAGAGAUGGUCCUCCACACAGGGCCGGUUCAUCGAGGAGAGCAAGGGGAGCGAAGGGGAGGAGGAGGCGCCCGACAUGGAUCAAGACGGGCCCCUCACGCGCUCGAGGAGGAGGACAAGGGCAGACGAUGCUUCCUCCGACCAGCAGCCGAGGAGCAAGAGGAGCAAGCAGGCACAUGCUGCCCUCGCACCUCCUCCUGAUGCCUCGGGGAGCAAGCGAGCCGGCUCUCUCGGUGCAGGGUCCCCGACAGCUCAGCAACGGGAAGCGGCGAAGGCGAUGAAAGCAUCAUCUCCGCCCAGCCAGCAGACCGUGAAGGGAGCAGGAGGAGAGAAGUUUUCGCCUCCGUCUCCUCCCUCGCCCGUCAACGCCCACAAGAGCAGAGGAUGGUUUUCUUGGCUGGGACGAUAG